GUUUUUGGCUGUUCUCACCUCAUUACUCUUCGCCCACGUCCAUUCGCCACGUAUUCUCGUAACCCCGGGCAGCUGCAACACUCCUCCACUGUCACUCUCAACAGCUUCAACUCUUUCCAGUUUCCGCUUUCAAUCUUUCACAAAUAAUAUAAAUAAGGCAGGAAGAGAUCAAGAGAGUUUUACUAUGGAUCGCAUCGAGCUAAUUCAUUCUUGAAGGAUUGAUUGCAUUUCCUCGGGAAAAAAAAAUGUUGGAUGGAAUGCUGGAAAAGGACAAUUAUUGAAGGAGUGGAUUUGGAGUAUUGUUUUUGCUCCCUUCUUCUUCUUCUUCUUCCCAUUUUUUUUUUUUUUAAUUUUAAAAAGCAGUUUUCCGGGUGCGUUGGAUCUUGAGUUCUAGGGCACGUAAUGUGGAAUCUGGCGCGAUUUGCUGCGUCGAGCCUCCGCCGCCGAUUGAGGCUUUUCUCGACUGCGAUUCCUGGUGCGUGUAUUAUACACAAGCGUGGUGCUGAUAUUCUUCACGAUCCUUGGUUCAGCAAGGAUACGGGGUUUCCUUCGUCAGAAAGAGAUAGAUUAGGACUCCGUGGCCUCCUUCCACCUCGUGUAAUGUCAUUUGAGCAGCAAUAUGCUCGUUUUAAUUUAGGGGUUAGACAACCUAGGUUGGAAGGUGAAGAAUAUUUAUCGAUUGUUGGUGAAUUCAUGGAAGCAGUUGUCAAACGUUGGCCCAAGGCUAUCAUACAGUUUGAGGAUUUUCAAAUGAAGUGGGCCUUUGAAACUCUGAAACAGUAUCGGAAAAGGUUUUGCAUCUUCAAUGAUGACAUACAGGGGACUGCUGGUGUUGCACUUGUGGGAUUAUUGGGAACUGUUAGAGCACAAGGUCAACCAUUGGCUGACUUUGCAAACCAAAAGAUAGUUGUUGUGGGAGUUGGAACCCUUCUUUUUCAUCUUAUUCAAUUUUUGUGGCUUCCAGACUCCAGUGCAGGGUUGGGUGUUCUUAACAUGGCUGUGCAGGCUGUUUCAAAGAUGACAGCAAAUAAUGAAACAGCUGCACGCAAUUUUUUCCUAAUUGAUAAAGAUGUAUCAUUCUCAGCUUUUAAACUUCAGCAAUCUUUUCUUUCUCCUUUGCAUACCCUCCUCUAUGUUCUUUAUGACAUCUAAUUGGUCUGUCCCGUUGAUUAAUGUAAUGCUUGGAAUCUUGGAUGAUCAUACCAAAAAAAACCGACAAUUACUUUGAAAUAAUGUAAUUGUUUCAUUGGUUUUCUUUUAUUCAUGCAAACUCUACUUUGGCUGUGGGAAUACUCUACAGUUGGCUAUGCACAGAUUUUAAAGCAUCAUUAUUUGUCACUUGUGCAGGGUCUUAUUACGAAAGAAAGGAAGAAUCUUGGU